AACCAUUUCUGGAGUCCAUAUUUUGUUAAUUUCUUCAUCUAUGAAAUUUUUCCUUGUUAAUAGAUAUCAAUGAGUCAAAGGAGAAGAAUGUUGUAAUCAAAUCAUUAUUGUUUAAACGGUUUAAUUAAUAAUCUGAUAAUGGAAAAUGUACUUGUUAUUGGGACUGGGGGCCGGGCGCAUGCUAUCUGUUGGAAACUUGCACAAUGUCCAGAGGUAAAGCAUAUUUUCUCAGCGCCAGGCAGUCAUGGGAUAGCGUUGACAGACAAGGUUGAAAGUGUAUCCGUUGAUACUAACAACUUCAAACUUCUUGGAGAAUGGGCAAAGACACAGAAUGUCAAAAUGGUUGUUGUUGGUCCGGAAGUGCCUUUGGCAAAUGGAAUCGCCGAUGCUUUGACAGCUUCAGGGAUUUUAUGUUUUGGGCCAAAAGCCAAUGCUGCACGAAUUGAAUCUGAUAAAGAGUGGGCUAAGAAGCUAAUGACUCGAUUUGAUAUCCCAACAGCCAAAUUUGGAUCGUUUACAGAUGCAGAAAAGGCCAAACAAUUUAUAAAAACAGCUAAUUUUAAAGCGCAUGUUGUAAAAGCAAGUGGACUGGCUGCUGGGAAAGGAGUGGUCGUAGCUUCAAACAAUGAAGAAGCAUGCGCUGCAGUUGAUAUGAUGCUCAAAGAUCAAAAAUUCGGUGAUGCAGGAGCGACUGUUGUCAUCGAGGAACUGUUAGAAGGAGAAGAAGUUUCUGUCCUUGCUUUUACCGACGGCACGACAGUUAGAACGAUGCUCCCAGCACAGGACCAUAAAAGAGCGUUGGACGGCGAUAAAGGUGACAACACCGGAGGAAUGGGAGCAUAUUGUCCAUGCCCGCUGAUAGAUGAGGACGAACUAAACUGGGUAACAAAGAACGUUCUUCAGAAGACAGUUGAUGGCAUGAAAAAGGAAAAUACACCUUUUGUUGGGGUGCUCUAUGCAGGGCUUAUGCUGACAAAAGAUGGUCCUAAAGUUUUAGAGUUUAACUGUAGAUUUGGUGACCCUGAAACUGAAGUUAUUCUACCACUUCUUGAAAGUAAUUUGUACCAAGUUAUGAAGGCUUGUUGUGAAGGGAAACUUGAACAAGUUCAGCUCAAAUGGAAAGAAAAUAUUUCAGCUGCUGGUGCCGUCAUGUGCAGCCGUGGAUAUCCAGAGACUUCCAGCAAAGGAGACGUCAUUACAGGACUUGAAGUGGUCAAUCACCUUCCUUCAAUGACCGUAUUUCAUUGUGGUACGUUAAAAAAGGGCGAUAAAUGGGUAACAAAUGGUGGGCGUGUUUUGAUCAACGUCUCCUUAGCACCAUCACUCAUAACGGCUGCUGCAAAAGCAACACAAGCAUGUUCAAUGAUCCAAUUUGAUGGGGCUCAUUAUAGAAAAGACAUCGCAUACAAGGGAAUACCAAGAUGGAUUUUGAACCAAGGGCAGCUUAGCUACAAAGCAAGCGGGGUCGAUAUCUCUGCUGGCGAUAUGCUUGUCAAUCAAAUCAAACCAAGUGCUGGUUCAACCACUCGUUCUGGAGUCAUUUCUACUCUAGGCGGAUUUGGAGCAUUUUUCGAUACGUCUUUGGCUGGUUAUAAAAAUCAUGUUCUCGUCUCAGGAACUGAUGGUGCUGGAACUAAACUAAAGAUAGCACAAGCUUGUGGAAUGCACAAAUCGAUUGGGAUCGACCUUGUGGCUAUGUGCGUAAAUGAUAUCCUUUGCCACGGAGCAGAACCGCUAUUUUUCCUCGAUUACUUCGCCUGUGGGAAGCUGGAAGUUGGAGUUGCCAAGGAUGUCGUUGCGGGAGUUGCUGAAGGGUGUAAAAUGUCCGGUUGUGCUCUUGUAGGAGGUGAAACAGCAGAAAUGCCCGGCCUGUAUGCAGAAGGCGAAUACGACCUUGCUGGGUUUUCUGUUGGUGCGGUCGAAAAAGGAUUCGACUUGCCGAAGACAGGAGAAAUCAAGCCUGGCGAUGUAGUGUUGGCACUACCCAGUUCUGGGCCUCAUAGCAAUGGAUACAGCCUUGUGAGGAAAGUUCUCGAAAAAGCUGGUGUUGACUAUAAAGACAAAUGCCCAUUUUCAGAUAAGACAAUUGGUGAAGAACUUUUAACACCUACUCGAAUAUACAUAGCAGAGGUUUUGCCAGUUCUUAAGGAAGGUAUUAUCAAAGCAGUAGCACAUAUAACAGGCGGAGGGUUAGUAGAAAAUGUGCCCAGGGUAUUGACUGAAAAGUUGAAAAUUGAGGUUGAUGCUAAACGUUGGACUGUUCCAAAAGUAUUUCCCUGGCUGGCCGCGCUAGGAGGCAUUAAUCAAAAAGAAAUGCUUCGUACCUUCAACUGUGGUGUCGGCUUGGUACUUGUUGUGAAUAAAGAAGCAAAAAGCAAAGUAAUGUCUAAAUUACCUGACUGUUGUGAAAUUGGACUUGUAAAAGCAAGAUUACCUGGUGAGGCACAAGUGGAUGUUAAGAAUUUUUCAGAAGUCUUUACACCAUUAAUGAAACCUUACAUAGAAAAAAUUGUCCACAAAGCUAGGAAAACCAAAAGGAUCGGUGUUCUUAUUUCUGGAACUGGGACCAACCUCCAAUCUAUAAUAGAUAACAUCACAGCUGGCAAUAUCAACGGGGAAAUUGUAGUUGUUGUAUCAAACAAAGAAGGUGUUCUUGGUUUAGAAAGGGCAAAGAAAGCUGGAAUUCCAACAGUCGUAGUACCACAUGGAAAAUAUGUUGCACGAGAUGACUUUGAAAUGGAGAUUACAAGACAUCUAGAAGCUUCGAACGUCGAGGUGGUCGUUUUGGCCGGUUUCAUGAGGAUACUCACCAAAUGUUUUGUCUCGAGGUGGCGGGGUAAACUGAUCAACAUUCACCCUGCUCUCUUGCCUUCGUUCAAAGGGACAAACGGCUGGCAACAGGCGCUCGACGCUGGUGUCAGGGUAUCAGGCUGUACAGUGCAUUUUGUUGAAGUGGAAGUCGACGGAGGUGCCAUCAUCGCACAGGAAGUCGUCAGUGUCGAAGUCGGCGAGUCUAUCGACAGCCUCAAGCAAAAGAUAAGCUCAGCAGAGAAAAAAGCCUUGCCAAGGGCUGUCCAACUUCUCUGUAAUGAUUCUUGCACGUUGGACCUCAAAACAGGAAAAGCAAUUUGGGUCUAGCCCACUUUAAUUUUUUUUAAAAUAUUGCUUGACCAUUUUUACCAACUUUUCUUUUAUAAUAUAAAAUUAGCCUUUUCAGUCAUUAUUUUGGAGAAAAAGAAGAAAAAACCAACUUUCAAGAACUUGUUUAUUUUUUUCUGCAAUUACAUAUUUUCUAAUCGCUAUAUAAUCUCA